CCGACCAGGCGGGGCGGGGCGGAACCCGAUCGAAUAGUGUGUGUGCUGGGAGGGGAAAGAGGAAGCGGGGGCAGUCUUGUGCCAUGGCAGCCGCAGUCCCGGAGCCGGGGUCCUCGCCCCCCGCGGCCCCCUCGCCCCCCGCGGCCCCCACGACCCCCGAGGCCCCCGCGCCCUCCGCGCCCGCCGCGGCCUCCCUGCCCCUGGCUGCGCUCAACAUGCGCGUGCGGCGCCGUCUGUCGCUGUUCCUGAACGUGCGCACCGCGGUGGCGGCCGACUGGAGCGCGCUGGCGGAGGAGAUGGGCUUCGAGUACCUGGAGAUCCGGCAGCUGGAGGCGCGGCCCGACCCCACGGGCAGCCUGCUGGAGGCCUGGCAGGGCCGCCCCGGAGCCUCGGUGGCGCGCCUGCUGGAGCUGCUCUCCAAGCUGGGCCGUGAGGACGUGCUGGUGGAGCUGGGGCCCAGCAUUGAAAAGGACUGCCAGAAAUACCUCCUGAAGCAGCAGCAGGAGGAGAAUGAGAAGCCCUUACAGGUGCCUGCUGUAGACAGCAGUGUGCCACGGACUGAAGAGCUGGCGGGCAUUACCAUACUCGAUGACCCCCUGGGGCACAUGCCCGAGCGCUUUGACGCCUUCAUCUGCUACUGCCCCAGCGACAUCGAGUUUGUGCAGAUGAUGAUUCAGCAGCUGGAACAGACCAACUACCGGCUAAAACUGUGCGUGUCCGAUCGAGACGUCCUGCCUGGCACCUGUGUCUGGUCCAUUGCCAGCGAGCUCAUUGAGAAGAGGUGCCGCCGAAUGGUGGUGGUUGUCUCUGAUGAUUACCUGCAGAGUAAGGAGUGUGAUUUCCAGACCAAGUUUGCACUCAGCCUCUCUCCAGGUGCCCAUCAGAAGCGCCUGAUCCCCAUCAAGUACAAGCCAAUGAAGAAGGAGUUCCCCAGCAUCCUGCGGUUCAUCACUGUCUGCGACUACACCAACCCCUGCACCAAGUCCUGGUUCUGGUCCCGCCUCGCCAAGGCCCUGUCCUUGCCCUGAAGAUAGCCCCAGGUCCCAGGGUGUGCAUGCAUCCGUCUGCCUGCCCACACCACUUCCUGCAGCCCUCCGGGGCUCUGCUGCCCAUCAGUGCCCAGAGAAGCCAACACCAGAGGCACUUGUGCAAUGCUUGGUUCCUGCGUGGAACUGGAGGCUGUGUGUCCUCUUACUGGGUUGUCAGUCAGGACAGCAAAAAUCAGGGCCAACUGGCAAAGAGAGAGAGCAUCUGAGGACUUUUCCUCCACCUGAGAACUAAGGAAGAGAGCAGGCAGGAGCUGUGUUCAAACCACUGAUCUGGGCCUCCCAGAGAGGUAGAUCUUGGCUGGCUGCGUGGACCACGCACUGUCUGCUGCCGGGACCACAGCACUGCAUGGCAGCUGCUUCCAUAGAGCUGCCUGCCCAGCUCACAUCCCUCUUCCUCCUGCAGCCUCGUCUCAAGCCUGACUCUCCAGUGGAUCCAGUUCCCAUCUACCUCUUUGACUCCUCCCAGACUCUGCCCACCAUCCUUUUGACAAAUCCCCAGGAGGCAGACCUGAGUGUCUGGGGCUGCUUUCUGUUUUCCCUCCAAAGAUGCCUAUGGUCCCCAUGCUUGACUUGUGAUGGAAUCCCGGUCUUUGGGAUUGUUGUCAAGUUUGGGCUUGUGGCCAGGGCAUCUUGGAAGUGUGAGCUGGGCACUGUUCUCCCUGGGAUGUUCACAAGGAACCUUCACACUAUCCAUCUCAGCCUUAAUUACCUUGUAAAGUUGUUAGCUGAGACUAGUUUGUAGGAGUUCGAUGCCCCCAAGCUUGCUGGUACGCGACACAUAACAAACACACAGAGAGGUGUCUACACGGACACGUGAAGCCUUAUACCCUCACACAGAUGCCUUCGUGUGCACGCGGCCUUGGGGCCGCCCCUGGGAAUGGCUGGAUGGGAAGGUCUCACCACUGAGGGAGGGGUUAUAACCAGGUUCCUUUUCUCUUUUUCUUCUCUGCUUUGAAACUAGAUUCUGGACAGAACCUGAUGUGCCAACAUGUGUUGCCCUCUGUAAAGCACAGUGAGGGAGAGAGUUGCUUGGGCUCAUGCAGCAAGUGAACCGCAGACACUGCUGCUUUUCCCUCCUGGCAGGGUUCAUCUCUUACCGCAAAUCCUCCUCCAGGAAGUGCCAAGUUCUCAAGUCUCCAUGUCCCAGGGUCAACUUCAGGGCCCCAGAUCUCAUAGAGAUCAUGUCUUUUCUGUUCCACCUCCAGCUAGCAAAAUGGCUUUCCUGGGGUCUCAGGAAGAACUGGAGACCCUCACCACCACAUAAUGAAUGAAGCAUUUAGCUGUCACGCACUUCUCUGUACCAACUUGGAGAUACUGGGGAGGAUUUCUAGAUAAUUUUGUUUUGUUUUGUUUUUCCAGAGCACUCCUCAGCUCAGGUUGAUGAUGCAGGGGAUUGAACCUGGGACCUUGGAGCUUCAGGCAUGAGAGUCUGUUAUACCAUUUCCCCCACCCUAGACAAUUUCAAGAAAGUGUCUUUUUUUAAUAUUUUUUAUUUUUUUAAUUUCUUUAUUGGGGAAUUAAUGUUUUACAUUCGACAGUAAAUACAAUAGUUUUUACAUGCAUAACAUUUCCCAGUUUUCCAUACAAUAGUACAACCCCCACUAGGUCCUCUGUCAUCCUUCUUGGACCUGUACUUUCCUCCCCACCCCCACCCCGGAGUCUUAUCAAGAAAGUCUCUUUCACGCCUAUCUAUUUUCUAUGCUUUAUGAAAGUUUCUUUCUUUAUUUUUUUUUUUCUUUUUUUGCCUCCAGCGUUACCACUGGAGCUCGGUGCCAGCACUACAAAUCUACUGGCUCCUGUGGCCAUUUUUGCCUUUUUUUUUUUUUUUAUAGGUUAGAACACAGAGAAAUAGAGAGAGCAGAGGAAGAUAGAGAGGGAGACAGAUAGAAACCUGCAGACCUGUUUCAUUUGUGAAGCAACCCCCCUGCAGGUGGGGAGCCUGGGGCUCAAACCAGGUUCCUUGCACGAGUCUUUGCUCUUGGUACUAUGUGUGUUUAACCCAGUGUGCUACCACCCAUCCCCCAAGAGUUUCCAGUUACUGAGAAACACCUUUGUCUCAUAUUUCUCCUUCCAUAUCGUAGAUUUUUAAAUAAAGGGUUUUCUACUUUGCAAUCA